AUGUUCCCUCUCAAGUGUGGCCAGGUCCGUAAUCCAGAGGCAAUCUACGACCUUGACACCGGCUGGAAUCGUUUGAAAUCGGCCUAUUUCCCGACGACAACGACGACACCAAGGAUCUCGCAGCGACCACCAGAAAUCUUCGACAAUGGGAAAGGUUCACGGAAGUUUGGCUCGUGCCGGUAUGCAUCCUCUCGCACCUACUACCGAAAGGUCAAGUCUCAGACCCCCAAGGUCGAGAAGCAGGAGAAGAAGAAGGUCCCUAAGGGCCGCGCGAAGAAGAGACUGCAAUACACCCGCCGUUUCGUCAACGUCACCCUGGUUGGCGGCAAGCGCAAGAUGAACCCGAACCCCACUGCCUAA